GUGGUGGCUGUUAUUUUAGUAUUGCAGCAACUGCUUUUGAAGUAGUAAGCAUCCGUAAGUGUGACACAGAUCCCAAAACGAAACUCUUAGCAUCAUAAUUCACUGCUGGCGGAGAAAAUGGGGACGUGGUGUGGAGUGAUGGAAUGGCUGUCAAAACAAAAGGCAACUGCCAAAUUGUGUUGCCGUGAUAGCAGCAUCAACAUAAUCACUGCUUUAUUGCUGCUUACCAUGCUGCUGGCAUUGCAGACAACAAGUGUUUCUGGCUUACGUUGCUACACUUGCACUUAUUUGGAAGCAGAUGUGGACAAUACCUGCCUCGUGGACGUAAACGCUACGCGCGUCACCAACUGUUCGAAGAAGUAUUGCACCAUUAUGCGUCAGGAGUCCGUGAGUCCCUCUGGCAAAGUGAUUUCCUUCAUACGCGAUUGUUUGGAUAAGCCGCUGUACUUGAAUGCCAUUAAAACUGAUUCAACAUUCAAAACCUUCUAUCGUAGCUGCACCACUGAUCUGUGCAAUGAUUCAGAUGGUGUAACCACGGCAACAAAUGUGGACCCUAAUUUCGGUGCUGCCGCGAAUACGAUCAUUAAAGGCAAACGUUAUUAGUGGAUAUAUGAGA